AUGUACCAAAUAAUCUUGAUGUUUGACCUUGCAAUGCUAAUAUCAUGUACUAAUAUCACCUCUUUAUUUCCUUUUUCAUGUGUUGAUGAUGAUAUGGUGGGCAUGGAGGAUAAAAUUGUUGGAGAAGAAGGCCAAAACUGUGGCCACUUGAAGCUUGGAAGAUUGAUUCAAGGCUUGACAUGGGAGCAACCAAGUGAUCUUGAGGAAAGAAAGAACUUCAAGCUAUUUUUAGGAAAUUUAGCAUUCUUUCAAUUUGAAUUCAUCUUGUACUAA